CAAGACUAUGAAUCACAUUUACUUGCAGCUUGAUGUCUGCUAUCUAAAAUCCAGGGACAGGCACAUCAAGAAACAUUCCAGUCUCUGUUAAUCCACUUGGUGGAUCCUGGCCAACGUGCUUGGCCUUUUAGCCUUUAGGUCUACCAUCUCGAAACACUUUUUGGAUGACUAGACCUCAAGCUAAUGACUAUGGCUUUCACUAGAUAACAGAUGAGGCACUGCUGUGUCUACUCUGCAAUGGCUAUAACUUUUGAUCCCCUUUGAGAGUUAGGUUUUCCAGACAUUGAAAGGUCUGAGCCUGAAGUCUGAGCCUGCAAGAUGUUGAUGCCUUCAUUGCCAAGGACAGAUUCCCUGUCUUGGAGGUCUGGGUCUAUGGGAGGAGAGAGUUUGCAAAGUAAAACUAGGCCGCAACAAACAUGAGCAAAAUUCAGCGUCUGUGUUUUAUUAUCCAUAACUGUAAGCAAUUUUUGUUCUGCCUGGUGCCAAGGCAGGCAGAUGGAACAUGCAUCUGCCUUCCAAGUGUUUGAAUAUCUUCAGUGAUGUAGUGACAGAUGUGUGGGCUUGUGCUCUGGAAACAAUACAGUUGGAGAAGUGAGGGGAAAAACCCCCACAGCUAUGGAAUGAAAAAAGUUUAGCAAAGUCUGGCUUCAAGGUUCUCGGAAAUUAGACCCAAAAAGUGAAUGUAUACUGGACAAUACUGGGUGUGUGGUCUUAACAGUUUAGUUCAGAUCAGAAGGGCGUCUUUGGAACAAAUUUCUCAGUGUUCCUUCUUACUAUGCUUUGGUUCCCAUUGUGGCAUAGUCUCAGAGCACAGGAAAUGGAUCCUUUUCCAGUGAAACUGAACUAGAAGAUGUGCUCCAACCGCUACUGGACAUGUAGCCCAUGGCCCCUGAUUAAAGAUCGUGCAAAGUAAAAACAAAGUGAAAUUUGUAUAAUCUGGAUUAUAUAGCACCAGCUCUUUCCUUUUAUUGACCUGAUACUAUUGUCCAUGCUACAUGCUAAUGUGGCCAAUUUUUUUUUUUUUUAUAAUCAAGAUCAUAGUUCAAGAAUAUAGCUAAGCAUGUUAGGAUAACCAUAGAACCAGCUAGUUAAGUUUUACAGGACAAAUUUUCAAGGGAAAAGGUCCUCUGUUUGCAAUAUAGAGAUCUCUUCCCAGCCAGUGUUAUCCACUUUUGCUUCUUUAGGGUAGUGAUGAGGAGAUCUGCACUGUGGGCCUAAUCCAACAAAGCACUCUUGCCCUCUGUUUAGGGUGGGUGUAAGCAUAUACUUCAACCCGUCACUUGUCUUGAGCUGGCGUGCUUUCCUGAAUCUAGGACUUGCAAUAGGAGUCCCAGAUUGACUGAUAACUGACUUCACCAGAAAUCUCCUCAGUGUCUCGCAGACACUGGAGUUCUCCCAGCUUUUUUAUCUACCAGCAGCAGAGAGCCUGGCCACUUGAGGGGGCCUUUCACAACACCUUUCAUGUGUAACAGAAAGCAGUGGAGUCACUUUGAAUGUAGGUGAUACAGGCAGAAUAUUAAAGAAGGAAAGAUUCACUGCACCCUCCUCUUUCAUGAGCACCCAGAUCCAACCUCCCUAAAACCAGAAACAAUGCUGUCUUUUACUUUCUUGAAGUGACAACUCCUACUUAAUCACACCUGCCAUCUAGCCGUGCAGAAGCAAUGAACUCAAGUCUAUUUAUAACAAGCAUGAAUACUUACUAGGACUCACCCUAGGGUCCUAGGGCAUUUGUCUUCCUUUAUUUAUCUUUACUUCUCUCUUCAGUGUUCGGUCUGGUAUUUAUUUGAUAUUUCUGUAUUUAGUUAGAGAGGAAAUUACACAGUGGAGAAAAAAGAAAUGUUGAGUUCAACGAAUGUAUGGGGUCAUUCCAGCUAUGUAGAGAGAACGCACAAAUUGCUUGCAAAAAGCCUUCAGCAUCUCUGGAGAGUAAAGUGUUUUUCAUCCCAGUUCACAGCUUUGUAUUUAUUGUGAUCCAUCACACACAGUGUUUAUCACAUUGUUUAUUAGCCUUAUUCGUUAAAAUUUCUAUUCACUUCAGCAGAGAUUUUGCUGAUGUUUCUUCAUGUGAAGGAGUAUCAUAGUACUGUAAUUAAGAUCUAAUGCAUGAUGAGUAGUUACUCCCAUGGUUAUGUUUUAGGCUAGCCAUAUGAGUAACGUGACCAUUACUAUGACGUGCUUUUUCCCAUUCAUGUCUACAUAUUGUAUAAUGUGAUGAUAGAGAAAAUGCUGUUCCAGCAGUUCUCAAAUACAGACUCCUUGUAGCACACAGUCCUCAUGACACUGAGUUCACCUUCUUGUGUCUCAUUCAGUCCAGUUAUUUAACUGGAACACUUCCCACGAAAAUAAGCAAGCAAAAAAAAACCCUUAAGUUUUUUCUUUCUCUAUCUAUCUUUCUCUAGUUACGUAAGUUACAGAGAUGAAAGCUGCUCAUAGCCGUUCGGUUCAGGAUCAAAUGUGAAUUACUGAAGGUGCAAUGGAUUUCAUUAAGGGGAUAGGAACAGCAGCAGACUGUUAUAUUUUAUAUUCUCGUUAUGAUGGAUUAAAAUAAGAGAUUUGCAUCAAAACAUAUGGAUAAUUUUCUUUAAACAGAGAAGAUAUGUCUGAAAAGUCGUAUGCCUUACUACUGAUAAGUAGUAACACAACAUGGACUUGGAGCAGACCUUAGCUUGAAACACUAAAUGCUGUUUCAAUAUUAUCAUUUUGAACUUUGCGGGAUUUAUUUUGUUGCUAAGGUACUGAUGUACAAAGUUGAAAAUACUUUGAAGUGGAAUUCCCCGUAGAGAAUAGCUAUUUCUCUUUCUCAAAUUCAUGCUCUAAUUCCUCCCAAUUACUUGAAUGUGUAGAUAACUUUGAACUGUAAAUAACUUGGGUUGACCUUUUAAGACUAGGACUUAAGUUUUUUUUGGUGGAAUUUUUAUAUAUAGCAGGUGUAAUGAAAAUUCCAUCUUCUCUUUCUCUUGUUAGAUAUUGACCUGAAGGAAUUUAGGAUGUUUUUGAUCUAAGUAAAGGUCAGAUGCUCAAGUUAUUUUUAACUACAUCUUGAAGAUAACAGAUUAGUGGAGGAGUACAAACAUGAGCUGUGGCUUAUACCUGUGAGUAGUAAAAGAAGUUUAACAACUUCAAGUAGGUUAACUGACCUACACAUCAAUUGCUGUGAGUGGAAGUGAUUGCUAAAGGAUGACUACUUAAAUUUGGACCAUUACCUCAUUAUCAGCCAAUAACCCUGGCAGUUGGUGAAAAAGAUCAGAUAUAAAGAAGGAGAGAUAAAAGGAAAAUGCCAUGGAGGGGGGAGGGAGGCUAUACUUUAAGCACUAAUGAUGCUUUUUCUCAAGUGUCCAGCAGGAGGGGAAUAGCUUGCAUCCACACUCCUUUAGCAGAGGACAGUGGGUUCCACUUGAAGCUACCUAUAGCAAUUAAAACAACAUCAAUUAGAGCUGUGCAAGGAGAGUCAUCCUAUGGUGUAUUCAUGUACAAGUACUUUGUUUUGUGUGGCCUAAUUCAGGUAGUAAUUGUCAUAGAUUAGAAAGGAGUUAAGGAAGCUGCUGCAUUAUUGCUUUGUCUCUAUGCUAUUUAUUUUAUUGCUGUUCUCUGAUUAUCAGACUAGAUCUUGUUUAUAACGGAGAGCUGACUGAUUAGCUAUAACUAGGCGUGGGCAGCAAGUCAUAGUAGUAUGUGCAGACACUGAGAAUAAUAAACUUUUUUUUUUAACAGGAGUAAAAAGCGUUAUGUUGUCCCGAGACUUAGUUUGGGAAAAUCUGGGGCGAAUCUGGGGUGUGUUUGUCCAAAGCAGUGACUUAAACACUGCAGGCCAGAAUGGUGUCACAGAGUGGAAUCUCAUCCUCACACUGAUGCCUCUUUGCAGGCUGCACUUAGCGGCAGUUACUGGGAGAGAGACCUUCUCCAUUCUUGAGGAGGAAGAACAAAGAAGACAGAUCAAUGGUGUCUGCUUGCUGUUUGUCCUAGUUGGACUUGUAUCAUUUCUGACACAAUUUCUACAGGCAUACACUUUUGCUAAGUCUGGUGAGCUGCUUACAAGACGGCUAAGGAAAAUUGGUUUCCAGGCUAUGCUAGGGCAAGAAAUUGGUUGGUUUGAUGACCAGAGGAACAGCCCUGGUGCUUUGACUACAAGACUUGCAACAGAUGCAUCACAGGUCCAAGGGGCAACUGGAUCCCAGAUAGGAAUGAUUGUCAAUUCCUUUACCAACAUUGGAGUGGCCAUCAUUAUUGCUUUCUACUUCAGCUGGAAACUGAGUCUAGUUAUAAUGUGUUUUCUGCCAUUUUUGGCCUUAUCUGGAGCUGUGCAGGCCAGAAUGCUGACAGGAUUUGCCGCUCAGGACAAGAAAUCUCUGGAAGCUACUGGACGGAUUUCCAGUGAAGCCCUCACUAACAUCAGGACUGUAGCUGGGAUAGGAAAGGAGAAGAUGUUUAUUAACAGUUAUGAGAAACACCUGGAAAUACCCUACAGAGCUGCAAUCAAAAAAGCAAAUGUUUAUGGAAUCUGCUUUGGCUUUGCCCAGAGUAUAGUGUUUAUAGCCAAUUCUGUCUCUUAUCGAUACGGAGGGUUUCUAGUUGACACCGAAGGACUCCAUUAUAGCUUUGUGUUCAGGGUGAUCUCCGCUAUUGUGACCAGUGGAACUGCCUUGGGAAGAGCGUCUUCCUAUACUCCAAACUAUGCCAAAGCCAAAACAUCUGCUGCACGUUUUUUUCAGUUGGUUGAUCGGCUUCCUAAAAUCAGUGUUUACAGUGAUAAAGGGGAAAAAUGGGAUGAUUUCAAGGGAAGCAUUGAAUUUCUUAACUGUAAAUUCACAUACCCUUCUCGGCCUGAUAUUCAGGUCCUGAAAGGACUCUCCGUAGCUGUGAAGGCUGGACAGACUCUGGCAUUUGUUGGAAGUAGCGGAUGUGGUAAGAGCACCAGCAUCCAGCUUCUGGAGCGUUUCUAUGACCCUGAGAAAGGAGCUGUGUUAGUAGAUGGACAUGACACCAAGAAAGUAAAUGUAGAGUUUCUUAGAUCAAAUAUUGGAGUAGUAUCCCAGGAGCCUGUGUUAUUUGACUGCAGCAUUGCUGAUAAUAUUAAAUACGGCAGUAACACCAAAGAGAUAACAAUGGAAAAAGUCAUAGAAGCAGCCCAGAAGGCUCAGCUGCAUGACUUUGUCAUGUCACUGCCGGAGAAAUAUGAAACUAAUGUUGGGGCUCAGGGAUCCCAGCUAUCGCGUGGGCAGAAACAACGCAUUGCUAUAGCUAGGGCCAUUAUACGAAAUCCUAAAAUAUUAUUACUGGAUGAAGCUACAUCUGCCUUAGACACAGAAAGUGAAAAGACUGUGCAAGCAGCGCUGGAUAAGGCCAGGGAAGGGCGUACCUGCAUUGUCAUUGCCCACCGCUUGUCCACGAUCCAGAACUCUGACAUCAUCGCUGUCAUGUCGCAAGGCAUCAUCAUUGAAAAGGGCACUCAUGAUGAACUGAUGGCCAAGGAAGGAGCUUACUAUAAGCUUGUUACCACUGGAGCCCCCAUUAGCUGAAUUACUGCCAUACUAACUUUGAAAGACUUAUUUUUUCCCCUAAACAAAUACUCUGUGGUAGGUAUGUGUAUGUUGGUACCCCUUUGUGCUACAAAGUGCUCUACAAUAUUCUGAGGUAUGUGGUACCCUGAAUGUAUGUAGCCUUCUGGAUCAAGCAAAGCCUAGCAGGCCACGUGCAGGGAACUAAGCGUAGGCUGGUGUAUCCCGGAAGGUAUCUUAGCCCACUGCUAAGGGAAAGCAAGCCUGAAAAUAGGCCAGAUCUUUGGUAAGCCGGGGAAUUGCCACCACCUGCAGUCAGAUUGCACAGUCCUGUCAACCAGCCAUCAAGGAAGACUCUGCUCUGGUGUUCUGGAAGCUGCCACUUCUCUAGGUAAGCUGUAGGAAUAAGAAUGAUGUAAUGGAGGGAUCAGGUAUCUCCUGAUGUUCUGGUUUGCAGAUGAUUACAACAGAUAGAUACAGUUAGUGUGGCUGCAGAACUCCCCCUUCCCACUGCCGUACCCUGCCAACUUCAGCUCUGCUGCUGCAGGGAGGGCUGGCUUCCUCUGAGGGCACCUUCAUGCUGACCCUGUGGAGCCCAGAGCUCGAUGUAGCAGUACCCCAUUAAGUAUUUAUAGAAAAGGCAGCUUCACUGUAGUAAGGAAAGCAGUCAAGAGGAACAGAAGCUGGUAAGGCUCAUUUUCCCUACGCUCAUCACUUUGAUCAAAGUUGUAAAAUAUUUUUGAAUAUGAAUAAAUGCUUUAUUUCAAUCAAUGUAAACUCCUGCAGUUAAUCUUCACUGUUGUUUAAAUCUCUUCUACAGAAAGGAUGGUGGAUAAUAUCCUGUUUUCAUUUUGGGAAAGGCAAGACUGGCGUCUUUAAAAAAGGGCAUAAAUAUUCAACAAAAGUGGGGAAAAAAUUAAAAAUAAGGAUUAGCCAUGACUAGCUAUUUGUUUACAUUGAGCAGAGUUGAUAAGCUGAGCAACAAUUCAUUGAGGACUGACAAAGGUCAGGAAGGAUCAUCCUCGGGUAGAAGCUUGUAUCUAUAACAGUUUAUUAUAGGAUCUACUGCACUGUUCUCCAAAAUAUGUUAUUGGGUAUUGUCUACAGGAAUCUUUUAGUGACUAAGCUCUUGGGGAUUUGUCCCCAAGAUAGACAGAUAGUCUAAAAAAUUACCAUUUCAGAAUUUAAAUCAUGACUUGGAAUAACAGUGUGUUACAUGGAAAAGGCAUUCUCAGCAUCCUGCAAUCUGCAGCUUGUGGGGUUUUUCCCCCUUCCCUCCCACUUUAAGACAUUCUACCUUGGUGCGAUUUGUUGUAACUAAGUAACACAACAGUAGCAACUGCUGAAACUUGAAUAAAACUCAAAUAGUGAACACUUUA